GCGGGCGGGAUGUGGGAGGGAGUCCCGGGGCCUCGGGAGGAUGCGGCGCCGGGCCUUUGUGGGCCUUUGUGGGCGCGGCAGGCCAAAGGCCGUGCACCCCCGCGCUGUCCGCCUGCCACCAGCCGUCCGGCAGACGCUCCAGGAAAGCAGGUCGGGCUUUCGCCCCCGGGGGCCUCAGGCCCCAGCCACCAUCCUGCUUCCUCCCGACCCGUGCCCAGUGCGUCACCUGCCCGGCCCCAGCAGGAGGCUUAAUUUGCUACCGGCUGUCAGCGAACGUGGAGUUGCAUUUCCUCCCAUUUCCAUCUCACUGCCCUCCCGGGUGGGGUCAUAACGAAGUAUAGUGAGCGAGAAUGAGUUGUCGGCGUUCCCCAGUGGCAGGGUCGGGACCCAAGCUCAUAUCCUUGGUUUCCGUGCCCCUUUCUCAAGACCGCAUCUCUCCCCGCCAUAGGAAAGCUGAUGUUUUCCUGUUCCCAAUCAGUUUUCUCUAAAAAUACAGAAAUUGACUCCUUGACAGGGUGGGAGGAAUGGGGUGGAGAAAGCUUGAGGUGGAGAAAAGUUGUCACAUGGCGCGCAGUGAGAUUGGAGCUGCUGCUCUGGAGUGCGUCCUGGGAGACAUCCUGGUGCACCGUCACCGGCUGCGUGAACUGAGCUAAGUUGCUCCCACUCUGCCUUCAGUUUCCUGACCUGGAAACGGGGGUUACUGACAAUGCCAUCUGUGCUGUGGGAUUGAUUGGUCCCCAGGCCGUGCCCAGCACACAGUGAGGCGCAGUGCGACGCUGCUGCUGGUAGAGUUUUAGGCCCUUUUCCUCUGGGCCAGGAGAAGAUUUGGGGCUAGGACCAGGAUGGCCCAAACUUUCUCUCUGGUCCUGUCUGCUGCUAGUUCUUUCUGACUCCCCUCUAGAGUGACGUCUGGGCAGUUCCGGAGACUCCCCCUGCUGAGCAGGCCAGGGAAGGCACUGGCCCAGGAGUGACACCUGGUGUCACUCUCCUGUGGUGUUAAGAAUUUCAGAGGUGGUGGUUCUGAGGGGUGGAAAGCAGAAGGGGCUUCUUCCUCCUGGGUCCCUUUUUCCUAUCAGAUCUGCCUUCUGGAGACGCUGCCCAUCUUCAGAGGGAAGUGACCACAAAGAGGACAUGGCUACUGAACAGAGGGAAGCCAAGUCUCAGGACUCCUGUUUUCCAAACCAAAAGUGAUCUCCCUGUUGCAACAAGGAGAAGAUCCCUGGAAAGUAGAGAGAGAAAGUCCUGGAAGCUCUGUGUCAGGAUGGAAGAGCAGUCACAGAACCACAAAGUCAACUCAAACACAAGAUUCCUUUCAGGAGCUGAUAAUGACAAGAUCCAAAAGGCAUGGACCCUGGGACUUCAAAUCAGAAAAACCCUGCCCAUGUGAAGACAAAUAUGAGAAAAAGCAGGAGAAAAAAGAAAGUGUUCAGAUAGUUUCACUCACCCACAAAAUCUCUACUGUAGAAAGAAAACAUAAAAAUACUGAAUUUAGCCGAAGUUAUAGCCCAAAGUCAGCUCUUGUUAGGCAACAGAUGAUUCCAAGAGAAAAAACAACACCCAAAUGUGAAAUACAAGGAAACAGCUUCAAGCAGAAUUCAUAUUUACUUAAUCAACCGAAAAUCAACACAGUAGAGAAACGCUAUAAAUGUAGUAUAUGUGAGAAAACCUUCAUUAAUACUUCAUCCCUCCGUAAACAUGAGAAAAACCAUAGUGGAGAGAAAUUAUUUAAAUGUAAAGAAUGUUCAAAAGCCUUUAACCAAAGUUCAGCACUUAUUCAGCAUCAGAUAACUCAUACUGGAGAGAAACCCUAUGUAUGUAAAGAAUGUGGGAAAGCCUUCACUCUAAGUACAUCCCUUUAUAAACAUUUAAGAACACAUACUGUGGAGAAGUCCUAUAGAUGUAAAGAAUGUGGUAAAUCCUUCAGCCGAAGGUCAGGACUUUUUAUACAUCAAAAAAUCCAUGCUGGAGAAAAUCCCAAUAAAUAUAAUCCAGGUAGGAAGGCAUCCCUUCCUGGAUGUCAGAGACUACAUCUCCGAAAGAAGACCUAUUUAUGCAAUGAAUGUGGCAAUACCUUUAAGUCUAGUUCAUCCCUUCGUUAUCAUCAGAGAAUUCACACAGGAGAGAAACCUUUUAAAUGUAGUGAAUGUGGGAGAGCCUUCAGUCAGAGUGCAUCUCUUAUCCAACAUGAAAGAAUUCACACUGGAGAAAAGCCCUACAGAUGCAAUGAAUGUGGAAAAGGCUUCACUUCUAUUUCACGACUUAAUAGACACCGAAUAAUUCAUACUGGUGAGAAGUUUUAUAAUUGCAGUGAAUGUGGUAAAGCCUUAAGUUCCCACUCAACACUUAUAAUUCAUGAGAGAAUUCACACAGGAGAGAAACCAUGUAAAUGCAAGGUAUGUGGUAAAGCCUUCAGACAAAGUUCAGCCCUCAUUCAACACCAGAGAAUGCAUACUGGAGAAAGACCCUAUAAAUGUAAUGAGUGUGGGAAGACAUUCAGGUGUAACUCAUCCCUUAGUAAUCAUCAGAGAAUUCAUACAGGAGAGAAACCAUAUCGAUGUGAAGAAUGUGGAAUAUCAUUCGGCCAGAGUUCAGCUCUUAUUCAGCAUCGGAGGAUUCAUACAGGAGAAAAACCUUUUAAAUGUAAUACAUGUGGGAAAACCUUUAGACAAAGCUCAUCACGUAUUGCCCAUCAGAGAAUUCAUACUGGAGAGAAACCUUAUGAAUGUAAUACAUGUGGGAAACUUUUCAACCACAGGUCAUCUCUUACUAAUCAUUAUAAAAUUCAUAUUGAAGAGAAUGCCUAGAAAAUAGAUUUGCAUGUGUAAAAAGCCUUAAACCAAAGCUCAUCAGAAUACAUGAGUGAUGUAAUGGAUAUAAAAAAUCUUUCUAUAAUUUAGCCUUCAUCAGAAUUCAAUCCAAGGGUAAGCCUUGACUAUGUAAUAGAUAAUGAAGAAAGCAGAAAGUGUUCAUGACUGUCAGAUGCUUUUUAAAAUAACCUGAAAUGAAUUCACAAGUGGAGACGUUGGUUGUAAAAUGAAUUGUUUUUCUCUACAAUGUACACUAGAUAUCAUGUGUGAUUGUCAUAAACAUCUGAGUGAGGGGGUGUGCAGUGGAUUUCUUAUUUAAACUAUAUAAACUGGUAACACUUUUUUAUAACUAACAUUUAAUAGCAUAUAAAAGAUGUGAUCAAAUAAAUUCUACAUUUUUAGAGAAAAGGGCCAAAUAAAAGAUAAAAGUGAACUGUAAACUACCUCUUAGUUUCUGGGGUUUGUCCUUUUCCUGACCCAGUGUCAAACUUUGUGAAUGGAUUUCAUUUAAAAAUAGAAAUAAACAUCUGUUCUCUUC